UUCCGCGGUACUCGUCGGUGCGAACGGUCGAAGUUUUUUGGUUGUGCGGUUGUUUCUCGUCGAUAAGAAGUUUCGGUUGUGUUCUUUAGUGGCGACGGGGGGAGAUACACAUCAAUCUCAAUCACAGUGCUGUGUUGUUGUGGGGGAUGAUUUCGGAUUGAUUUGAGUGGGAAGUGAUUUCGGAUGCCGGUGCCAGAUAACAUCUAGCUGAAGAUGUUGGAUGGAGUUGUGAUUUUGUGAUGUUUUGAGAUCGAGGUGUAAACAGCUGAAAUUGUCUGGAAGGAAAUUUGCCGAUUGUGGCGAAAGGGUGUAGUGAAGCUCAAUCUCUAAGUUGAGCCGCUCAAUGGUGAACAGUGCUAGUGCCGUGUAGCGGUCAGUCAAUCCAGCCGAAAUGUAUUUCAAGUCGUGUAUUAGUAGAAAGAUAGUGAUCGGUUUUAUCUGUCUCCUGGUGCAAAUCAGCCAUGGGAUAACUCAGCUGGUCAUCAAUGUACAGAAUCAGGGUGGCGAGGUGGUGCAGGAGACAAUAACGUCCAGCGUGGGUGACGAUACAUGUACGCUUGAGUUCCAGCGAAGCGACGGCACGCUGAUAACCAAGCUAAUCGACUUCAAAAGUGAGGUGCAAGUCCUAAAAGCCCUGGUCCUGGGCGAGGAGGAACGCGGCCAGAGCCAGUACCAGGUGAUGUGCUUCGUGACCAAAUUCCAGAAAGGAGAUUUCAUCACAGUCGAUGCGAUGGCCAAACUGCGACAGAAAAAUCCCAGCACCAUCCGGACGCCCGAGGAGGACAAGGGCAAGGAGAACUACACCAUGACGGGCUGGGUCGUGCUGGACCGGGCGGCACCCAUCUCCCGGCACAUUGCACCGCUGUGUUCAGAGGCGCCGGACUCGACGUACGCCCGGGACGUCGACCUCAAGGCGUGGGCCGAACUGCCAGGCUCCUCCAUAUCGAUCCUGGAGUCGGCCGUGAAGCCGUUCCCCUCGGUGACGACCGGUAGUCCGCCGUCCCGGUGCAGCGAAGUUUCGGCCAUCUGGGCCCCCUGCAUCUGCACCCUAGAGAUGUGCAUCGGGUGGUAUCCCUGCGGCCUGAAGUACUGCAAGGGCAAACCGGACAGCAAUCCACUACUGAACGGCGGUGGCUCGAGCUACCGCUGUGGCAUCAAAACUUGCCGCAAGUGCCAUCAAUACUCGUACUACGUGCGGGAAAAGCAGCAGUGCCUGUGGGACGAAUGACCGCUAGAGGGCCAUCGCGGGACGGACGACCACGACCACAAUCGACGACGAACAACGACGACAGCGAGCGAAGCAACAACGGCUAGCAACGACAGCACCAACACCGAAAAACACAAAUCACUGGCAGCGACAACAGGGACAAAUUCAAGUAGCACUAGUAGAAGCAUUAGUAUUAGGAACAACAACAGCAUCACCAACGGCUGCUGUAGAGUUAGGGACUGUAACGGCGGCGGUAGAAGAAACGAUAAUAACAAUAAGAAUAGAACCAGAACUAGCGGUAGGCAGACGAAGACGACGGCGACGACUAGAGUCGCAACCGAAACAAUCAGUGAAUUUAAUUUUUUACUCCGAGAUUAUAUGCCAGGAGCGGCUGCGGCAGUGAUGGUGGUGCUGCCCGAGGGACAAAAGCUGACCACAGUGCGGUAGCAGAAGCACCAGCACCCAACAGCAUCAGCAGCAGCCAGCAAAACCUGAUCCUGUGACACUUCUAUCCGAUGCGAUGUAGAGAUGUGUUUCGAGUUUAAUGAAAUUAUUUUAUAGCACAAA